AUGACCGUGAGCUACACCUGGGUUCAGUGGAACAAGCACAAAAAAACAUACGACCUGAUCAUGCUCGCACUGAGCCUGAUCUUCGUCGCGACCUUCAUCCUCACAAGCACGCUGGUCUACAAAGACGAUGAAUCAAUCUCCGCGAUGAUCCUCGCAAUGCGAGCGUUCGGCAUCCUCGCGAUCAUCCUCCUCCACAUCAUCCUCUGCAUCGGACCACUCGCGCGCAUCACGCCGCUCAUGUCUCCGAUCCUCUACAACCGCAGGCACCUCGGCGUCAUGAUGUUCUUCGCCGCCCUCAUCCACGCCGGACUCGCACUGCUCUUCUACGGCGCCUUCGGCGUCCGCUCACCCUUCGCCGGACUCUUCGACGGAUACCACGCAUACACCUCCAUCAGCGGCUUCCCCUUCGAGAUCAUGGGUCUCUUCGCACUCCUCAUCCUCUUCGUCAUGGCAUCAACCAGCCACGACUUCUGGCUCGCCUUCCUCACCCCGCGCCUGUGGAAAUCACUCCACAUGCUCGUCUACCUCGCCUACGCGUUCGUGCUCCUCCAUGUCGUAUUCGGUGCGCUCCAAUCAGAGCGACACCCCGCACUCGCUAUAGCACUCAUCGCAGGCGCCGUCACCGUGUCUGCAUUGCACAUCGUGAGCGGAUUGAAAGAAAUCAAACCGAGCCUGCAAGCACAAGAAGCAGACGCACCUUGGAUCGACAUCGGAUUGGUCAAUGACUUCCCAAUGGAUCAGGGGCGAGUCGUAUGUAUCGCGAAUCAAGAACGCGUCGCGAUCUUCCGUCACAAAGACGGCAUCUCCGCACUCAGCAACGUCUGCGCCCACCAAGCCGGACCACUCGGAGAAGGACGCAUCGUCAACGGCUGCGUCACCUGCCCUUGGCACGGCUACCAAUACCACGCCGACAACGGACAAAGCCCACCCCCAUACACAGAACGAAUCCCCACCUACGAGCUCCGCGUAGAAGGCGAGCGCGUCCUGCUCAAUCCAGAACCAAACCCGCCUGGUACCCCAGUCACGCCCGCAGCCGUACCCCCGAGCACAUCCAACAAUGAAGCGGGUGAAUCAUGA